GAUAAAAUCGUCUGCUAGUUUUAUCAGUCCUAAAUUCCUAGGCCAGGAUGAAACAAUUUAUUCUUUUCUCCAGUUUUCUGCUUGUAGGGACAUCUACCUGUAGUGCUCAGGAUGCUCCUGUAGAGAUAUCAGUGUAUUAUGAAUCUCUCUGCCCAGACAGUGUUGAGUUUAUAGUGGUAGAAUUAGAUCCAGUUUUCAAACUAUUCGGAGAUGCGAUCAACGUUCAAUUCAAACCUUAUGGAAUAGCAGAGACAACUGGUGAGGAAGGGUCCUGGGAGUUUACAUGCCAGCAUGGACCUAAUGAAUGCUAUGGUAACAUGAUGCAUGCUUGUCUUAUUAAUCUGGUUCCUGAGCAGGGUGAUAUAGUUCCUCUGAUAGAUUGUAUAAUGUCUAAGUCGCCUGCCUCUAUUGCUACAGCAGAACUAUGCAUGGGAAGAAUAACUAACCCUGUAGAUAUUGCCUUAGUAGAGGAGUGUAUACUAGUGGAUGGUCCUAGCCUACUGUAUAACUAUGGAGUUGAGACAGAGAACCUAAAUCCUCAACUCUCGUUUGUUCCAUGGAUUCUUUUCAAUGGAGAGUUUAUUGAGGAGGAUUGGAAUAAUUCUUUAACAGACCUACAGGGUGUUCUCUGCUCAAAGUAUAUCCCAGACCAUCCUGCCUGCUGAACCACCCUAGACUUACAAGCUAGUUGUAAUCAGUUUCAUCAAUUUGAAUUUAUUUUUUCAUUAUAAUUUAUAUUAAACUUAUUAUGGUCAAUACAUUUUUAUUUUCAACUUUUUA